AUGGGACGUCUUAUUCAGUAUCAAAGAGACUUGAUGAUAGGAGAAAUUUAUCAGAUUGCUUACAUCAUAAUAAAGGCUGCCAACUCGCCAAGACCUGGCUUGUGGAUGUUGGAGAAAUCCCUGGAUGGGAUCUACUUCGAACCGUGGCAAUACUACGCUAGAAACGAUAAGGAGUGUCUGGAAAGGUUUGGGAUAGCUGCCACGAAAGGAAAACCCCAUUUUUUUACAGACAGCGAGGUUAUUUGUACCUCUUUCUAUUCAAGACUAACACCAACCGAGAAUGGGGAGAUUCACACAUCCUUGAUACAUGGACGUCCAGGGGCUAAUGAAUCUAGUCCAGAACUCCAGGAGUUCACUAAAGCUAGAUAUGUGAGGAUAAGGCUUAUGGGUUUGAGGGGUACCUUGGAGCCCAUACCCAGGUGGUUUAUGCAGGAUAUUUGGAGGGACAAACGGCUGUAUUACUCCAUCAGGGAUAUCAGUAUAGGAGGGCAAUGCGUAUGCAAUGGACAUGCUGAAAACUGUAGGCACAACGUGGCAUCAGGGCACCCCGAAUGCGAAUGCAGCCACCACACGUGCGGGCCCAACUGCGACCGGUGCUGCCCUCUGUACAAUCAACGUCAAUGGGCCCCCGGCACGUCCAGGGACGGGCACCGGUGCCUGCCCUGCAACUGCCAUGGGCACUCCGCGAGCUGCCACUACGACCAGGACGUCGACAGGGCCGGACUCAGCCUCGACGUACACGGGAACUACCAGGGCGGGGGCGUAUGCGACAACUGCACCAGUUUCACAUCAGGUCUGAACUGCGAGCAAUGCGUGGACGGUUACUACCGUCCUGCGGGCGUCCUGCCCGACGCGGAAUCGCCCUGCGUGAGAUGCGACUGCGAUCCCACAGGAUCCACAGGUUCGUGCGCGCAGCAGGGCGACGCAGCAGGAGCGUGCGACUGCAAAAUCGGCUACGCAGGCGAAAAGUGCGAUAGGUGCGACGCGGGGUACAGAGGGUACCCGAACUGCGAGUUGUGCCCGUGCGAUCCCAAGGGGGUUUGGGAGAUGGGAGAUUGCGAGGGGGAGUGCGUUUGCAAGGCGAACGUGGAAGGAAAGUACUGCGACCGAUGCAAAUCGGGAUUCUUCGCUCUCGACGAGUUCAACGAAGCCGGCUGCUCGAACUGCUUCUGUUCCGGCGUCACGACGCUCUGCGAGUCCGCCAUAAUAACAUCGAAACAGGUGCAAGUUUUGAAGGAAUGGUUCAUUACUGACUUAAGAGCAACCGAGUUUAUAAAACCGGUUUACAGCGAAGAAAGAGUUUUUUCUGUGGGAAAUUAUGAAUUGCCCGGUAUUGAAUCUUUGUAUUGGCUUGCCCCCAAGGAUUAUUUGGGAAAUGUACUGGAGGCCUAUAAUGGACAUCUAAGGUUUAAAGUACAAUGGGUGGUAAUGAGAGGUGACACAAGUGGCGAAGCCACAUUCGGCCCAAACGUAAUUUUAGUGGGCGAAAAUGGGCUUCAAAUAGCCUUCGGUGACGACAUAUACCACACUAGUUCCAUGUCGUUCGACAUAAAACUAAACGAAAUCGGUUGGUACCACUUGCCAGCAAACCUAAUGGACAUAACAAUAAGGAUGAAACCAAACGUAUAUAAAGGAGCUUCAGUGACAAGAAACGAAUUUUUAUCGGUUUUAAUGAACGUCAAAAGGGUUUUACUUCGAAGUUCAUUCCAUACAGAUCAAAUAGAAGCAUUAUUAGAGGAAGCAAUUUUGGAUAUUGGAGUAGAUGUAGACAAAUACGGUUUCGGAGGCGUGGAAAAGUGCUCUUGUCCAUCAGGAUAUUCCGGCCUCUCGUGCGAGAAAUGCUCGUUCGGCUACGUGCGAAUUUUCGCGAACGACAGCGGCGUGGAGCAGGGUUUUUGCGGCAAGUGCGACUGCAACGGGCACUCGGAGACUUGCGACGCCGGCACCGGCGAGUGUUUCUGCCGUCACAACACGAUCGGGGAGAAAUGCGAGCGGUGCGCCGCCGGUUUUUACGGGAAUCCCCUGCACGGUACCAAGGACAGCUGCAAAAGGUGUGCUUGUCCUUUGGAGAACGAGGAAAACAAUUUUUCCCCCAGCUGUCAGCUGGAUUAUUUGGACGAAAAAGAGAGCUACGUUUGCACUCAGUGCCCGAAAGGAUAUACAGGAGAUCACUGUGAAAUAUGCGACGAUGGUUAUUUCGGCAACCCCCUGGAAAAAGGCAACAAGUGUCAGCUCUGCGAUUGCAAUGGAGGACCAUGCGACAGAUCCACAGGACAAUGUUUGAACUGCAAAGGAAACACCGAAGGCUGGAAAUGUGAAAAAUGCAAACCCGAUCACUAUGGGGACCCUAAAAACCUAACCUGCAAAGCCUGCGAGUGCGAUCCAAUAGGUUCAAAGUUCAAACAGUGUGACAAUGUGACAGGACAGUGCCAGUGCAAGGAAAAAUUCAUGGGGAGAACUUGUGAUAAAUGCGAGAUUGGUUACGGCAAUGUUACCGGUCUCUGCGCUCCAUGCCAGUGCAACCCGACGGGGUCAAAAUCGGAAAUAUGCGACCCCCAUACGGGAAUUUGCGAUUGUAGACCUGGAGUCGAUGGUUUUCAUUGCGAUGCAUGUCAAAACAUGUACUACGGUUUUUCCAAAGACGGAUGCACUGGACGAUUUUUUAAUAACACAGCAUUGGCAACCCAGUAUACUAAGCUGUAUAAUCGGUUGCCUAACUUAAGAACUUACUUAAGUAAUAUUACUCAGCGUCGGGCGCCACAAAUAAAAUAA